AUGACGCCUGUCAGAGUGGUUCUGCUGCUUGCACUUACCUCCUCCAUAUUGAAUGCAAGCGCUAACGUCGGUAUCACAUGUCUAAUGUGCAAAACAGGACUGGCCAGAAUUAAUGCUAUUGUCCAGUCAAACCCUGGUCUCAUGGCCCAAAUGGGUGAUACGGUUUCACAAGGUUGUGACCAAAUUCCGGACGAGUUACAGCGAAAAGCGUGUCGAGCGACGCUAGACGACCAUUUUCCGCUUUUCCUACAAAAGCAAUGGGGAACAUCUCCGGAAGACUUCUGCAAAAGUAUGAGGUAUUGUUAG